CCGACCACUCAAGGGAAAGGACUUGGAAGAUGAGUGAAUUAACGAACGAUAAUUAAACCUCCCUGGCUUCGGAAAUCUAUCGGAAGAAAUGGCCUUGGUUGCCUAAGAAUAUGUGUGAAACAACUGUGACCUCGACUGUAGAUCGCAUUGGUUAUUUAAGGAAGAGCCUUUUUUACUGAGCUGCCAGGACUUGCGCGCGGAGGAAAAGCUGACAAGGGCGAGAGGGUAGGCAUGUGGCUCAUGCUUCCAGAGUAUGUUAUUUUGCAAACCGCGCGCUUUGGCGCGCGGUGCAAACGCUCCAUCGGUUUCCCUAGGAGCAACAACAGCGCCUGGGGCUUGCCUGCUCACUUGGCCCGCCAGACUGCGCAAGUCUAUGUCGCUUUAUCCCGAAGUUGUUCCACUGUAUUGAGAUGCCAGCACUUUAGUUCAGAAAAUAAAGCAACAGACAAUAGCCCCAUGACUCCAAUACUGAAACAUCUCAUAAUGAAAAUAAAAUCAACUGGCCCUAUUACAGUUGCUGAAUAUAUGCGGGAAGUUUUGACAAAUCCACUGAAGGGAUACUAUAUGCAUCAAGAUAUGUUUGGAGAAAAGGGAGAUUUUGUUACUUCACCUGAAAUAAGUCAAAUUUUUGGAGAGUUAAUAGGUAUUUGGUUUGUUAGUGAAUGGAUGGCUACAGGAAAAUCUCCAAAAUUUCAGCUGGUGGAACUGGGCCCAGGUAGAGGUAGUCUUAUAAAUGAUAUUUUAAGGGUUUUGACUCAGCUGAGCUCCAUACUUGCUAACUGUGAAAUUUCGAUUCAUUUGGUGGAAGUCAGUCCAAAAUUAAGUGAGAUACAGGCAUCAGUACUGACAAAAGAAGAAACGGAGUUGCCAGAGAACUCCAGUGCUUAUAUGCAUGGAAUUAGUAAGACUGGAAUACCAAUUUUCUGGUACAGAAACUUGAACGAAGUGCCAGGAGGCAACAAUUUUUAUUUAGCACAUGAAUUCCUUGAUGCUCUGCCUAUUCAUAAAUUUCAGAAAACAGAAAAUGGAUGGCGCGAGUUGUUGGUUGAUAUUGAUCCAGAAGCUUCUGAUAAGCUGCGAUUUGUCCUUGCACCAUCUGCCACUCCUGCCUCAAAAGCCUUCAUGCAUGACCAAGAAUCCAGAGAUCAUGUAGAAGUAUGUCCUGAUGCUGGUGUCAUCAUCCAGAAGCUUGCUUCUAAUGUUGAAAACAAUGGAGGAGCAGCAUUGAUUGUAGAUUAUGGUCACGAUGGAACCAAAACAGAUACUUUCCGAGGAUUCCGUGGUCAUAAACUUCAUGAUGUGUUACUAUCACCAGGAACAGCAGACCUCACUGCUGAUGUGGAUUUCAGUUACUUGCAAAGAAUGGUACAGAAAAGAGUAGCCACUUUGGGACCUUUAAAGCAAAAGGAAUUCUUGAAAAAUAUGGGCAUUGAUGUUAGAUUGCAGGUACUACUGCAGAAUGCUGAUGAUGCAGUCACUCGAAGUCAUCUGCUUCAAGGUUAUCAAAUGCUCAUGGAUAAAAUGGGAGAAUGUUUUUAUUUUUUUGCCCUUUUACCUCACUACAGACUUAAGACUUCAGAUCAUUUAAGGAAGCCAGAUCACUCACUUUCAUCACCUGUUGCUGGCUUUGGAGAACUUUUAUGGAAAUGAACCCCAAAUCAGAAUAUGUACUAUGGUAAUCUAGAUUCUCCUAAUAGUCUGUCAGGAAGACAGUUAAGUUACAUUAACUAUGGAAGACUUCAAUCAUACCCCUGUAACAUAUAGCCAACAUAGGGAAUUAUUGAUCUGGUAAAAUUAAAAACAAAAAAGUGCUGCUGAAGGGGGGGGAGUUUUAGGUGGAAAAAAUGCAAGUUGGCACAAUACUGUGAAAGUGUUUCAUAAUUAAAGUUCGCUCUUUUAUCCCCCACUGAGAAUUUCCAAGUUUGUAUGAUAAGUAAUUUUACUGCCAGUUCUUAUGGUGAUGCAAAUAACAGUACAGAUAGUCCUCGACCUAGACCAUUCGUUCAGCAACCAUUCGAAGUUAGGAUGGCGCUGAACGAAUGGUGGUUACAACCAGUCCUCAGAGUUCUGGCCAUCCCAGCACCCCCGUGAUCUGGGUGCUUGGCAGCCGGUUUGCACUUACAGCCAGUUGCAGUGCCUCGCAAUCACAUGAUCACCAUUUGCAACCUUCUCUGUUAGUUUCCCCACAAGUCAAUGGGGAAGUCAGCAGGGAAGUUCACGUCACUGGGGUAAGUUUCCCCCACCUGUGCACCCUCCCCCAUUCCCUCUGCACUCGCACCAUGCUGGCCACUUGCACCUCUGCGCACCCAACCCCUGCCUCAUGCAUACCCUCACACAACCUCCCCAACCCAUGCCACAGCUCACACCUAUGCUGUGCAUCUCGUGCAUCCUCCCAACCCAUGCCUCUUGUGCACCCUCUUGCAUACACCCUUGUGCACCCCUCCCCGACCUGCACACCUCUCGCACACACCCUCAUACCCUCCCCAAACCUCUCACCAUGACCCACACCACUCCUCUUGCACACACCCUCACGCACCCUCCCCAACCCACGCCUCUUAUGCACCCUGCACACCUUCCCCAACCCACACCACCCCUCUUGCAUGCCCCAUGCACCUUCCCCAACCCACACCUCUCACGCACCCCCUCACUCUCUCCCCCAUCCAGCAGCAGCCACUUGCCUGCCUGCCAGCCUGGGACUUGCAACUUCCUGCCAACUGACUUUGGU